CAGGAUCUAGUUACUCUGAACCGAUUAGACGAAAUCUUGAUUCCCAGGACCGAGAACCCAGUGGUGCGAGUCGCAGAGGUCACCACCCAAGCUUCUCGAUUAAGAUCACCUGCGGGUGUCAUGCAAGAGGAUCUGAUCCGGGAGGUGCGGGUCGAUCGGAUCAAGAAGGCCCAGGAGGAGGAAGUCUGGAUCGCCGACAUGAAGAAGUAUCUGAGUGGCGCGAUCGCAGACCUCACGCAAGCAGAAGCAAGGUUGUACGGCAAAAUCGCUACCGACUAUGAGGUGGACGAACAGGAUCUACUCUUCAAUUGCCAUCCCACGCCGAGAUCGGGGGAGGAUCGCGAUCGAUUGAUGAGAUCUGUAGUUCCCGAGACGCUGAAAUCAGACGUCUUACAUCACUAUCACGCUACAUAG